UGCGCGUUACGCAUCAGUGACGGAGUAAAAGAGGAGCCGGUGUCUUCACGCCACUGUUGCCGUCUUUCAUCUUUAUCUUUCUGGAACAUCUUUUCUUUGAUAUUUCAAACCCAAUUUCCUUUCUGUUUCUUCCAAAGCUUACAUUAUAAAUCUGAAAAAAUUGAUAAUCAAUCCCUUUUCUCUAUAGCCUAAGCAGUGGAUUAAUUUCUGCCAGUUGAAGCUUGUCCGAUGGCGUACGUAGAUCAUGCCUUUUCGAUCUCAGACGAGGACAUAAUGAUGGAGAAUUCUUACGUCGUCCAUAACCGACCUCCGAUCAAGGAAAUUGCCCUAGCUGUCUCUCUGCUCAUUUUUGGAACUCUGGGUAUCAUUAUGGGGAUUUUCAUGGCUUACAAUAAGGUUGGCGGAGACAGAGCUCACGGGAUUUUCUUCGCGGUUUUGGGUUCGGUUCUCUUCAUGCCGGGGUUCUAUUAUACACGGAUCGCUUACUAUGCUUACAAGGGAUACAAAGGGUUUUCUUUCUCCAACAUACCGCCUGUGUAGAAAGGCCUCAGAGCUGGGAGCCAUCAAUUUUUCUCACACCAUGUACAGAUCUUUGGCCUAGCCUCCUCCCUCUCCAUCUAAUUUCUUCUAUUGUCUUGUUUGAACGAUGUAGAUGUGUAGAUGAAAGAUCAGCGAUGUGUGUUUUAUUGCAAAUAUAGUUUUGUGGUAUUGUUCAUAAACUUCACCAAGAUCAGCUCCUCACUGGAAUGUAUUGUUUGGUGUUGAUUUUUUUUUUUAAUUAACUCGUAAUAUAGUUAUAAUUACUGCA